UGGGCUCCAUGUUGGAGAAGGGCAGGGCGCGCCACUCGAAGGACACCAAGUCGCCAGUCGGCUCGAUCCCCAGGCCGCCAUGUUUGCUACGGGCACGGCGCCCGCGAGGAAAAAGAGCAACAGGAAGCAAUUGAACAUAUUGAUGAAGUACAGAAUGAAAUAGACAGACUGAAUGAACAAGCCAGUGAGGAAAUUUUGAAAGUAGAACAGAAAUACAACAAACUCCGCCAACCAUUCUUCCAGAAGAGGUCAGAAUUGAUCGCCAAAAUCCCAAACUUCUGGGUAACAACAUUCGUCAAUCACCCACAAGUUUCUGCACUGUUGGGGGAAGAAGAUGAGGAAGCACUGCAUUAUUUGACCAGAGUGGAGGUGACAGAGUUUGAAGACAUCAAAUCAGGUUACAGAAUAGAUUUUUAUUUUGAUGAGAAUCCAUAUUUUGAAAAUAAAGUUCUCUCCAAAGAGUUUCACCUGAACGAGAGUGGUGAUCCGUCUUCAAAAUCAACUGAGAUCAAGUGGAAAUCUGGGAAAGAUCUGACAAAGCGUUCAAGCCAGACACAGAACAAGGCCAGUAGGAAGAGGCAGCAUGAAGAACCAGAAAGUUUCUUCACUUGGUUCACUGACCACUCCGAUGCUGGUGCUGAUGAAUUAGGAGAGGUCAUCAAGGAUGACAUCUGGCCAAAUCCAUUACAGUACUACUUGGUUCCUGAUAUGGAUGAUGAAGAAGGGGAAGGAGAGGAGGAUGAUGACGAUGAUGAAGAGGAGGAAGGAUUGGAGGAUAUUGAUGAAGAAGGAGAUGAAGAUGAGGGGGAGGAAGAUGAAGAUGAUGAUGAGGGAGAAGAAGGGGAGGAGGAUGAAGGAGAAGAUGACUAACUGAACACUGAUGGAUUCCAACCCUCCCCCCUUUUUACCUUUUUAAUUUUUUCUCCAGUCCCUGGGAGCAAGUUGCUGUCUUUUUUUUCUUGUGCUCAGUCGCCUUGUUCUCUUGAGGUCUCUUUUUCUCUCCUCUACACCAUGGUUCACAAUUUAUUUUGGGGGAAAUACUUUGAGCAGAAUACAGUGGGGAAAAAAUCUCUACCAGUUUCUGUUCCGAGUUCAUUUUUAUCCCUUUCUGUCUCAAAACAAAAACUGUUUAUGGAAUCAACACACCAUGUUCUGUGGGAAAAAAGAAAACCUUCUGCUCCCUUCACUCUGCUGGAAGCUGAAGAGUGCUAGGCCCCUGUGUAGUAGUGCAUAGAAUCUAGCUUUUUUCCUUCUUUCUCUGUAUAUUGGGCUCAGAGAUUACACUGUGUCUCUAUGUGAAUAUGGACAGUUAGCAUUUACCAACAUGUAUCUGUCUACUUUCUCUUGUUUAAAAAAACGAAAAAAAAAAUAAAAAAAUGGGGUUAUAGAGGGUCAGCAAAGGGUGGGUUUCAGAUGUUUGGGUGGGUUAAGUGGGCAUUUUGACAACAUGGCUUAUUCUCCUUUGGCAUGUUUAAUUGUGAUGUUUAACAAACAUCCUUGCAGUUUAAGAUGACACUUUUAAAAUAAAAUCUUCUCCUAAUGAUGACUUUGAGCCCUGCCACUUGAUGGAGAAUCAGCAGAACCUGUAGGAUCCUAUUUGGAAUUGACAUUCUCUAUUGUAAUUUUGUUCUUGUUUAUUUUUAAAAUCUUCUUUUUUUUUUUUUUCGUUUCACUGGAAAGGAAAGAAAGAUGCUCAGUUUUAAACGUUAAAGUGUACAAGUUGCUUUGUUACAAUAAAACUAAAUGUGUACACAAAGGGACUGAUGGUCUUCACUGAACAGAACAUGCUUUUGAUUCCCUAGCUUGUUUUCUUGUAUCUUGGCAAACUUUUGUCUAUAGUUUUCAAACUUGACCGCCUUUAUUAUGUGCUUAUUUCUUCUGUAUUACAAAGCAACCUGUAGCUCUGUAAAUUGAACCUCAAUUUCAAUGAUUUGAAAUAAUGUUCCAUCAUUUCCAUAUCUGGAAAGAAUAUUUAAUGUAGGUACAUUUUAUUACAAGUUAUCUGAUAUUAUCAACAUACAAUAUUAAUUGGCAGUAAUUACUGUGAUCUAUGCAUUCAAUUUCUGUUGAAUUAGCUGAAUAGCCAAGUGAAAAUGAAAUGUGGUUACUUUCCUCUUAUGUGAAAAUAAUGGAUUUGUUAAUAAGUUAAAUCUCUUUCACCAGAAGAAAAGUAUCUGAUCCUCCAUAUAUUAACAGUUUUACUUAAGCAUUUCCACUGGUAUGAAUAAGAUACCGUCUCUUCUCCAGUAGCUCUGUUCAAUGAAAAAAACUGUGCAAACCAGUAUUAAUAAGUACUAAAAUGACCACAAGAUUUGAGAGUUUUCGUUGUAGGAUUUUUUUUAUUUAUAAUCUUUUGGGUAAAUAGCUUUCUCAGUUGAGAUGUAAGCCGACUUUGAUUUAGUUAUACUUAUCCUAGUUGAAAUGGAAUAAAAUCACUCUGUAAGA